UGGGCGGGGGCUUGAUGAUUGAUUGAUUGAUUGAAGGGGGUGCGGCCAGCCCGGGCCGUGUGUAGCACUGAGUGGGUGUGGCUAUUAGAGCUGUGGGCGUGGUUUGUGUGUUCUCCGAGCGCUGUGGGCGCAGAGCCGAUCAGUAGACACCUCACCCGGAUCGUGGAGCCGCCGCAGCCGAUCACACAGAUUCGCGGUUUGCUUCUUACGAUGAAGACGAUGGUCUGGGAGUGUGGUUAGCGGUUGAACGCUGGAGCUGGAAAAUCCAGCAAGAAAUCCCCUGGAAUUAAAAAUGUCCCGUAAAUCUUUCCAUGAACUACGGAAAGAGGAGUCACCGUCAGGCCGAAUGUCGUCCUUGUGCCCAACUCUUGGGAACAGAUAGUGUCUGAAGGCCACCAUGGCUCCUUGUGGCCCCGUCAUGGCUGCCUAUAGGAUUACUUGUCUUUUAUGGCUGUUUUUGGCGCUGGCUGACCACACCAUGGGGCACAGUCUCUUCGCCUGCGAGCCCAUCAUACUAAGAAUGUGUCAAGACCUUCCUUAUAAUUCAACGUUCAUGCCCAAUCUGCUGAACCAUUAUGACCAGCAAACGGCAGCCUUGGCCAUGGAGCCUUUUCACCCCAUGGUAAACCUGGAAUGCUCUAAAGACUUCAGGCCCUUCCUGUGUGCGCUGUAUGCGCCCGUCUGCACUGAAUAUGGUCGAGUCACCCUCCCUUGCCGCCGCUUAUGCCAGCGGGCCUACAAUGAAUGCCACAAGCUCAUGGAUAUGUUUGGCGUCUCGUGGCCAGAGGAGAUGGAAUGUAGUCGGUUCCCGGAUUGUGAUGAACCCUAUCCCCGUCUAGUAGACAUCAGCAUCUCCAGCGAGCCUACGGACAAUACCCCUUUAGCAGUGCAAAAGGACUACGGCUUCUGGUGUCCCCGGGAGCUCAAAAUUGACCCAGAUUUGGGUUACUUUUUCCUAGGAGUGCGGGACUGCUCUCCACCAUGCCCACACAUGUACUUCCGAAGAGAAGAACUCUCCUUUGCUCGAUACUUUAUCGGAGUAAUAUCCAUAGUCUGUCUCUCUGCCACCCUCUUCACCUUUUUGACGUUUCUCAUUGACGUGACCAGAUUUCGCUACCCAGAGAGACCCAUCAUAUUUUACGCCGUCUGCUACAUGAUGGUGUCACUGAUCUUCUUCAUCGGGUUCUUAUUAGAGGACCGUGUAGCAUGCAACUCAGCCAGCCCCAGCAAAUACAAGGCUUCUACCGUGACUCAAGGAUCUCACAACAAGGCUUGCACCAUGCUCUUCAUGGUCCUUUACUUCUUCACCAUGGCUGGCAGUGUUUGGUGGGUCAUCCUCACCAUCACUUGGUUCUUGGCUGCCGUUCCUAAAUGGGGGAGUGAAGCCAUUGAAAAGAAAGCGCUAUUCUUUCACGCAAGUGCUUGGGGCAUCCCAGGGACCUUGACCAUCAUCUUACUAGCCAUGAACAAGAUCGAAGGAGACAACAUCAGCGGGGUGUGUUUUGUUGGCCUCUAUGACGUCCAUGCCUUGAGAUACUUUGUGCUGGCCCCUCUCUGCCUGAACGUUGUGGUGGGAGUAUCUCUACUUCUGGCUGGGAUUAUUUCACUCAACCGAGUACGGAUAGAAAUCCCAUUAGAAAAGGAAAACCAGGACAAACUGGUGAAAUUUAUGAUCCGUAUUGGGGUCUUCAGUGUCCUCUACCUUGUGCCCCUUUUGAUAGUCAUUGGCUGCUAUUUUUACGAGCAGGCCUAUCGAGGGGUUUGGGAGACCACUUGGAUUCAGGAACGUUGCAGGGAAUACCACAUACCAUGCCCCUACCAGGUGGCCAAGACGAGCCGUCCCGACCUGAUUCUCUUCCUCAUGAAGUACCUGAUGGCACUUGUAGUUGGCAUACCCUCCGUCUUCUGGGUUGGAAGCAAGAAGACCUGCUUCGAAUGGGCCAGCUUCUUCCAUGGUCGGAGGAAAAAAGACAGAGGUGUGCAUGAAAGUCGACAGGUUCUCCAGGAGCCAGAUUUUGCUCAAUCCCUUUUACGGGACCCGAAUAUGCCCAUCGUCCGGAAAUCAAGAGGAACGUCCACUCAGGGUACGUCCACCCAUGCCUCCUCCACUCAACUGGCUAUGAUUGAUGACCAACGGAGCAAAGCCGGGAGCGUGCACAGCAAAAUGAGCAGUUACCACGGAAGUCUCCAUCGCUCCAGAGAUGGAAGGUACACACCAUGCAGCUACCGAGGAAUCGAGGAACGACUCCCCCACGGCAGCAUGUCCCGUCUGACGGAUCAUCAUUCUGUACAUAGUAGCACCCACAGACUCAAUGAACAGUCUCGACAGGGCAGUAUCAGAGACUUGAACAACCCGCUGGCUCACAUCACACAUGGUACCAGCAUGAACCGGGUCAUUGAGGAGGACGGAGCAAGUGCUUGAAGGACACUUUUCAUUCAGAGGCACUACGAUGUACGUCGGCACACGAUUCACCUUGGUCACAUAGUGACUCUAUUGCACAUCAAAGCCGACCAUAUAAACCCAUGUUACCUUUCAUACAUGUGUUGUCUACUUAUCGAGCAAUGGAACAUCAUACAUGGAACCUUCCACUCUAGAGAUGAGUGGAGCGAGGACCAUUUUAGCCUUCAGGACUACAAACUGGUGUCGGCUGGACCUUUCGGAGUAAAAUCUACUGUAAUGUCCCUUCCAGUGUCACAUCUUUGGAGAACGGUGAUCGGCUCAUCUCCUGGUGCUGUCUUCUUUCGGAGGUGUACUCACGGGAGGAGUUGUCCAUCAAGAGAACGUAGAUCGUUCAUUGUGUGGAUCGUGAUUUUUCCCUCGGACUCUUAAAUUAUUUAUUUGACUUGUUCUUCCAUGUUCAAUUUGUAAUUUUUUGUCAAGAAAUUAAAUCUCGGAGAUAAGGAAGUCCAAGAACUUCUCAUAGAGUCCUGGCAUCUGAAUGGGUCCCCCACGGCAGGAUGUCCCAUCUCAUGGAUCACCAUUCUCUACACUUUGUAUCUACAGACUUGUCUUGUGGGCAGUCUUGACAGUCAGUGUUCAAGCCCGGCAGGUAAAGAGCUUAAAGGGAUACUCAGCCCCUAGACAUCUUAUCCCCUAUCCAAAGGGGUCCGCGAUCUUGGCUGCGGCAACCCAGACAUCCGGUGCACAGAGCGAACUUCGCUCCAUGCCGGAUGACUGGCGAUGCGGGGCAGAGGCUUGUGACGUCACGGCCACGCCCCCUCAAUGCAAGUCUAUGGGAGGGAGCGUGACGUCCGUCACGCCCCCUCCCAUAGAUUUGCGUUGAGGGGGCGUGGUCGUGAUGUCAUGAGCAGGCAUGGCGGUGAUGUCACGAGCCUCUGGCACUGCACCCAACGCUCUAAACGAAUGCCAAGUGCAGCUGGGAGAUCGCGGGGGUCCUGCUGCUUUGGAUAGGUGAUAAGAUGUCUAGGGGCGGAGUAUCCCCUUAAGAUCAAGUCCUGGUGUUGACUAUGGCCACGAGAUCUUAGCUUCAGGUGGGACCUGAAUAGCUUGUUGCAACUGUUGCACAAUUCGAGCCUUGCAACUUCUACUAUAUCGUGUCAGAUUGAAAAAACAUCUCCCACGGGCGCCAUUUUAUUGCUGUUCCAUUUUGCCCCAUCAAAUUGAGUUGCACAAGUUUUUCAGGAAUAAAACACUGAUCCAGUCAACAGUGAGUUUUCCACCAAGAUCGGUCAUGUCUCCCCGGACUUUGUGUCCAGAGGAUAUGCUUGAUAAGUGGUAAUGCUAUAUGGAAACAGUAAAUCAUGAAUUGGACCUAUGAACUAUUUAAAAAAAUUUCACAAUCUUCGAACUCUUACCACCAGAAGCCAUUCAAACCUUUUGGACCUAAAUCUAGCACUGGAUUCUAAUAGUCAAUGCGAUUACGUAUAGUAGAGACGGACAUAGAUGUUUGUAUAUUAGGAAAUUAUCUUGUAGAUAUAUGGAGGGGAAAAAAAGGAAUUUCUUGUAAUUUUAAAUUUUUUCAUUUUUUAAACAAAAAUUGGAAUUUGUUGUAUUUAAUUUUUUUUUAUAACUACUGAUAAAUGUGGGUUCAUUGCAGUAUUUAACCUCCCUCAGGCCAUAGGGAGAAAUAUGUUUUUUCUGUUUUAUAGAAACAUCUCGGAGGUCAGUACUGUCACUUACAACACUGGACUCCAGUCAAGUUUACAGUCACCUAGUCAAUGUAAAAAAGAAAUACGGUGCACUCUCUAUCGGCACAUAGUGGUGGAAUUUACCGAAAAUGAUUUGUGAUAAGCAUUGGCCAACACCAGGUUGGUCCUGAGCUUGUUGACCCCAAGUUAUUUAAAAAAACACAGAACCUCAAUGACUUUUUGUUUUUAACACUAGACCCGGUAAACUUUUCAGAAGACCACGGCACCUGUAGGGUAUUAGUUGGGUUCUCCACUCAUGGUCCUCUACCAAAAUGAUAAUGACAACUCCUGUGUUUUGGGGAAUUAGUGAGGACUUCAGACCAUGGGUCUUCAUUAGCGUGAAGAUGUUAUAUGACGUAACAAAACAUUCAUCUAGAUAGAAACACUGGAGAAAGGACGAUCAUGGCACAGUCACUCAUUUGUGUCAGAGAGUUCUCUGUGCUAGUGUAUGCGGUUGCAGGUGGGUGAGUUAUUUACGAACGUGUCUGGAGAUGGUGCUGCUACGAAGUGGAGCAAAAGGCUGGUAUAAUCGGAGCACUCACCUGGUUGCAGACGCUGUCAGACUGUCAUCUAAAUUGAGGCUUUCACAGGGAGACAGAAGGUGAUGGUAUGUGGGGGAGGAACACCCUGGAGGGCCUGAUGAAGCACCAGGAGUUGCAAAACGGACCGUGGUUCGGGUGUUCCUCCCCCACAUACCAUCACCUUCUGCCUCCCCGUGAAUGCAUCUAUUUAGAUGACAGCGUCUGGAGCCAGGUGAGUGCUCCGAUUAUAAUUUCUUCAUAGUGUGAAUUCGUCUAGAUAGCUUUCUCCUUGAAGGCUCUUUGAGGAACUCAUAACAUUGGUCACUUCCCACCCCCUAAAUGAGAAAAUGUGAAUGGGAAGAGAACUCGAGAACUCUCAUACUGUAGCUCAGUUGGAUUUGCUCAAAAUUCCUACAAAAAUUUUCCAGCUUACCAAAAAAAAAAACACAAAAAAAAAAAAACCCUGUGACUUCUACAAAAACAACAAAAAACACUGGAGAUUUCUAUUACCGCAGUUCCAAGAUGAUUAUGAGAUCUUCAUACCACCACACUUCUUUGUUUAGAUACUUACUGGGUUAUUAGCUCAUGGUCCUUCACCACAGUCAUCUUCUGACAUAAUAGUACGUUCAUCUAGAUAUCGUUCUCCGUGAAGGCACUAUGAGGAACUCCUAAUGGUCACUUUCCAUUCCGUGUAUGACUAAGUGUGAAUGGGAAGAGAGCUCUCAUACUGUAGCUCAGUUGAAUUUUGCUCAGAAUUUCCACAAAAAUUUUCCAGUUUACCAUAGAUUUCUACGGGGAAAAAAAAACAAA